UCGCACAUCCUCCACCAUCUCCCCUCCCUCACCUUACCCAUAAUCAAACCCAACACAACCCACCUCGAUACCCAUACCCACCCUCCACAACCUCCCUCCACCUUCAAUCCAAGCAAGCCAACAACAACAACCACAAAAGACAACACCAACAAUGCGUACCGCAACCCCCCUCCUCCUCGCCCUAUCGGCACUCCUCCCCAGCACCCUCGCCAAGGACUUCACCGGCUUCGGCCAGCUGCGCACGCUGCACAUCGGCAGCGACCACUCGGACCUGGGCUGCGUGACCAGCGCCGGCAAAUGGACGACCGACGAGUCGCAGUGCGGCGUCUUCUCGGCCGAGCAGCUCGCCAACGGCCAGUUCCAGCUCUUCGCGCCGCAGGAGGCCGGCGGGUGUGGGAUCGAGGUGGCCACGUUUAAGUGCGGGCGGGAGGUUAAGGGUGGCGUUUUUGGGACUUUCGGGACAGCAGGGCCUAUUCCCGGGCGUGAGGUGCUGAGGUAUGCGCAGUACGGUGUCCUGGCCACCAAUGCGCCCGACAGCCCGCCGUCGCCGAAGGAUGCGCCGUUGGAUAUGCACUUCUACAGUGGGAGUGAGAAGGGCAAGUGGGUGUGGCUGGGGUGGAAGCCAUUCUAUGAGCACCAGGAGGCAUGAGGUUCAUCCCGGGUUGGGUCUCAACAUGAAUAAUCCUUACGAACAGUCCAAUUUGCAUUCUCAUAACAUCGUUAAAUAGUUGUCACAUGAACAUAAAAC